AUCUCUGUGUCGUUGGAAUCCAAAACAUUUUCUCAAACUCGGAGGCUUCGGCUUGGUCCUUCUACUCCACACUCGUUCGCCACCCCCUUGUUCGCUUCCUCGUUAGAUUUCCCGAUCAACUUGCUGUUGGGUUUCUCCGACAAAGGGUCGAGCAAUAUUGUAUUCUUCCGUACAGAGACUUCAUCUGGGUCUGUGGGAUUUUUGAGUUUGCAUUUUGCAAAAGACAAGGAUGGGUAGGAUGAUAUUGAAUAAUGCAUUGAGAGCAAUAGUGAAUGCAGAGAAAAGGCAGAAAGCUACGGUGGAGUUGCAACCUAUUUCCACAGUCAUGUCAUCUUUCCUGAAAAUUAUGAAAAAUCGAGGAUAUAUCAAGGAUUUUGAAGUUUUUGAGCCGCAUAGAGUGGGGAAAAUUACAGUUCAACUACAAGGCAGGGUUAAUGAUUGUCGAGCUCUUACUUACAGGCAAGACGUCAAGGCAAGAGAUAUUGAAGAGUAUAAAAAGCGCAAGCUUCCAACGCACCAGUGGGGUUAUGUUGUGAUUACAACUCCUGAAGGUGUAAUGGAUCACGAAGAGGCUAUUACUCGUAAUGUGGGGGGUCAGGUUCUUGGCUAUUUUCAUUAGCUAUCUUCUUAGUGGAAACAGUAAAGAUUCUCGUACAUGAUGAGAGGCUGAUUUCACCAGCAAGAAUUUGUUGUUUUGUUUACCUACAAAUCAAUUUUAUGUGAAUCUUGUGCCAAUUGAUGAUUUAGAUCAAUGGUAGAACAUGAUUGCUCCUCUUUAAAACAUAUGCAAUCACUUUCUAUUUCACAUAAAUGGCUGCCUCAUUGUCUUUUUAUGUGUCUAAGUGUGUGCGCCUUACGAGGAACAUAUGGUCUGUGGCUUUAAAUCCUUUAAUGAUCCUAUCUGGGUUAAUUUCACGCUGUA